UUGGCUGUGGGUGUAACGGCUCAACAUUUGUUAUGGAAGAUGUCAUUCGUGAGAGGAGCUAUGCUAACUGCGUCAACGUGGAGAGUAUUGAACCUCGCGAGGGCAUCAACACUUCUGUCCAUAAACAAUGUGAGCCGACAGUUACAGCGACUUCCUCAAAAACACCCUUCCCUUGACACGACGGGGCUUCGUCGCUUUAGCAGCGCCUCUAACCAGCAGAAGCCAUCUGAAGAUGACGUACAACUCACCGAGUCGUGUGUGAAGAGACUCGGGGAAAUCAUGGGCAAGGGGGAUUAUCUGAGAAUACAUGUGGAGGGAGGCGGCUGCUCCGGGUUCCAGUACAAGUUUUCUGUUGUCAAUAACAAGAAUGAAGAUGACAGAGUGUUUGAGCAGGGAGGAGUGGGCAUCAUCGUUGACCAGGACAGCCUGGAGUUUGUGAAAGGAGCCACUCUGGACUUCAGCCAGGAGCUGAUCCGCUCCGCCUUCCUCGUGCUCAAGAAUCCUCAGGCCGAUCACGGCUGCUCCUGUGGAAGCUCCUUCUCAGUCAAACUAUGACCCUGCGUCAAAGUUGCACGAUUCCCUGAUUUACCAGUUUAUUUACGAAAUACAAUUAAUUACCAGAGGCACUUUUAAACUUGUGCCUUCUAAGUAUUGGUUUUGUAGGUGUGAAACAGAUAAACUGAAUGAAAGGCUGGGGUAUAUAUUUAUCAGUGCUAUUUUGCAGAUACAGUCUUCUACGCUCAUUGAUAGCUGAGUUCGCAAGGCUUGCCCUUCGUGUAAAAUAUGUAAAUAGGCUAUAUGUAUGAUUGCAGAGAGCUAUGCUAUUGUGUAUUUGUUUCAUCUAAAAUAAAAUGGAGUGAAUAUC